AUGGUCGACGCCAACACAACCAGAGCGACUUCAAAAAAGAUCAAGGAUUCGUCCUCAUCGAAAGUCAGGAACGAAGACACAUCCGUCGCAGAUUCCUUGAUACCUAAAGGAGGCGCAAUUUCCAACGGUGGUCAUCCCGAUAACCAAACAGCCCUCAUGACUGAGAAAGGCAAAGCCCAAAGCGGCAGUUCUUUAAUCCCUGCAGAUGCAGGAGGAGAGAUAGGGUCAGCAAGCCAUGGAUCACCGGUGAAAGAUACCGUGUUUUCAUCCUUAGUGGAUACGAGCGAAUCUCGCAGAGACCGAGCCCCCGUGGCAUUGUUAAAUCAAGUGGCUAGAGCAAAGACCGGUAUCGAUACCGCGAGCCAAAGCAUUGAAGAAGAAGAAGAUAACUCGCCAGACAUCGCAGUAUCCUCCUUAAUGUCUGAACGAGAACAAAUGUGGAAACGAGCGGUUGCCGCACAGAACUCAGGAGAUGCAGACUUAGCAGAGAUGCUUUUCAACGCCAUAGGCCGUAUAGGGAAAAGUGCUGCAGCUCCCCCAACGGCGUCACUGUUCGCGAUUCCUAACCAAGCGGAGUCAGGCGAAGUAACCUACCUAGGCACAGCGCCAUCGAAGCCGACACUGACCGUGGUCGAGGCAAAGGGCGAUCCUCAAGACCCGGAAAAAUUCUUCUUGACCGAGGGCGAUUUGGUGUACGCAAUCGGCUCGGUUACCAACCAUAAUAGUGUCGGUUUUGCCCCAUUCCUCGAUGAAAACAUAAGAAAGCUCCGCUCGCCUCUACCUCUCACAAUUUUCAAUCGAAAAUGGCAACAGAGAGCUAUGGCAUAUCAUCUAGAUAGGCGCCAAAGAUCAGAUGAGUCAACGGCCGACAAAGAUAAGUCCGGUGGUUACAAAGGUUUCUCAUUCGUCCAAGAAUGGACUCAAACCUACGCACAAUGGUCUAGAAAUCAUAGAGCUUUCGUCAAAACACUGCAUGACGUAUACAAGAUAAAGAAGUUCUCAAAGUUGUUGGCUACCCACAAGGACAACUGCGACGAGAUAACGGAAUAA